CACCGACUAUCGUGACUUUUCCAAAAGGGAGGCAUAUGAAAUGCACAAAAGUAUCUCUUUUGUGAAAUACGAACUUCGUGAGGUAAACGACUUGUGCUCAUUUGCAAAUUUUCGUAGAUAUAAUUUCACUGCAAUGAGUAAAAGAAGAGCUUCAUCCAAAGCUGGAUCGUUGAAAAAGCGGGGGAAAGUUGAAGGUGUCGACCAAACAGCGGGAAACGAGGUGAAAACCUUGGUGGAUAAAGUAGCUCGCGAACUGCUCAAGAAUGCCGAUCACAAAAAAAGUCAACCCAUGAAGAAAUACUUGAGGGACAAGUUCGAGAUUUUUGGUCUUAGCAGCCCUUUAAGGAAGAGCGUUUGUAAGGAAUUGUUGAAGGAGAAAUUGAAUCCCGAUGACACGAAAGAGUUUGUGCUGUUUUUAUGGACUAAGCCAGAGCGAGAAUUCCAGUACUUUGCCAUCGAUUAUCUCGAGAAGAACUUGGAGUCUUCCGCAGAUUUUGAAGAAACCAUCCAAUGCUUGAAGGAUUUGAUCACGAGCAAAUCUUGGUGGGACACUGUGGAUGCACUGGCUUCCAAGAUGGUUGGGGGACUCGUGAAGCAACAUCGAGAUUUAGGAAAAGUUGUCAUGGAAGAAUGGAUCAAUCAUGAAAACAUGUGGCUCAGAAGAACCGCCAUACUUCAUCAGCUCUCUUUCAAAGAGGAAACGGACGAGGAGAUGCUGUUCCGCUUCUGCAGUCUAAGGGCUUCCGAGGAAGAGUUUUUCAUCAGAAAGGCCAUUGGAUGGGCCCUGAGACAGUAUGCUCGGACUUCUAGUUCCAGUGUCAAGAAAUACUUACUGAAGCACAAGGGAGAAUUAAGUGGCCUGAGCUUCAAAGAGGCCUCCAAACAUUUGAACUUGUGAAGACAUGAUAUUCAUAGGAUAUUCGAAGUCAUACUUGCGCUACCCUUGUCUCCUCGAUGGACAAUGAGAGUCGUCACUACCCUGCCCAUUGAGGGCUUUCGCUCUAAGGUUGUAUCAAAAAGCCAAUGUUUUCUAAAGGGUUGGAACUUUUUCCAAACCAGUUUGCCUUUUAUUUUCCUUUGUUUCAAAUACUAGACAAAAAAAAUAUAAAACUGGGUUUGUAUUAACCUAUUAGAUCCUGUGUUUUUUCUGAUAGAAAGUUGCAGUUUUUAAGUCUUUGCAUCCACACCACAAGAAGUUAAAUCUUUUCUCACAAGAAGCAUGUAUUCAAAAUUUAUUUUGGAUGUACUUGUAAAAUACAUCAGAAUGUAAAUAAACAAAAACCCAAGCCAGCCAAUCUUACUUUUAGAUUUCUUAUUUUUCCUUUCUCCUCUUUGUUCAACUUUCAUUGUCUGAAUUUCAUCUCAUCAAAAAGUUUUCGAGGAAAAGUCACUAGGUGUACAGAGCAAGACAUUUGUUUAAAGAAAAAGCCGUUAUGAGCAACUGGGUCUAAAUUUUCUUGCAGUGAUUUGUAUAAUGGAGAGGUUGGCUGUAAAUAGGCCAUUAGCAGUUAAAGCUAAAAGGGGCCUUCCUAACCAAUGGUAAGGUUAGCCAAUAAAGUUUUCUCUUAAUUUU